UCUUGCUUUCAGAGUGCAUCUCUGUGCUAAAUAUUAAAUAGCUAUGCCUCACAGUCAUCACUCUCACUCCGGACAGUUCUGCAGGCAUGCUUUCGGAUCCUUAGAAGAAGUCGUAUUGGAAGCCAUCAAACAACGUUUCGAGGUGUAUGGUUUGACAGAACAUGUACCCCGCUACAGGCCAGAGGAUCUGUAUCCAGAGGAGAGGGACCUGUCCCUUGAUGACCUGUCGAAGCAGUUCCUGAGUUUUCUUAACGAAGCUCAUCGAUUGAAGGAGGUUUACGCCUCCCAGAUCACCUUAUUGGUUGGACUCGAGACAGAGUACAUUACCGAUGAUGACUUCAGUCAUCUUCAAAAGCUCCUGAAGGAUAACGAGAGGCGCAUCGAUUACAUUGUUGGAUCCGUCCAUCAUGUCAGCACUAUUCCCAUCGACUUUGAUCGUGUCACAUAUGAAAAGGCUUUGGCCAACUUUUCGAAUGAAGAGGGCGUUUAUAUUCUUGGAAACGAUCAAAUGGAACACUUUCUAUCUGCAUACUUCGAUGCACAGCAUCAAUUGAUACAGCAGUUUCAGCCAGAGAUCAUUGGCCAUCUCGAUUUGUGCAGGCUCUACACCCCUUCCCUCGAUCUCAGGCAGUACCCCAUCGCCUGGGGCAAGCUAAUCAGGAACAUCGAGGAAGCUACACGGUACGGCGCACUUUUUGAAAUUAAUGCUGCCGCGUUCAAGAAGGAGGGAUGGACUUCGCCGUACCCUGGGAAGGAUGUAGUAGGGCUUAUUCAGGAGAAAACUGGUCGGUUUGCUUUGUCUGAUGACAGUCACGGACCGCGGACUGUCGGACAGUAUUAUUUGGAUGUGGCGGACUAUCUGGUUCAUGUAGGAAUUACUGAACUUUGGUAUUUGGACUGCUCAUCAGAGCCAAAUCACAAUGGGAGGUACAUAUCUCCUAGGCGAAUUGAAGACUGCAGGUCGCUUGACAGAACAUGCCUGAAUGGGAGCACAAUGCUUUUGAAUCCUAUUACGGAGUGCGGUGGAGUGCGGUGUUUUGCUGUGAGGAAGUGAUCGGGAGUCCUCUUGUCCUCCGGUGCCAAUUAAUUUGCUUGUACGCUGCUUCAAAUCAGGCGCAAAUCAGGCGCGGAUGGACACGAUGGCGCACGACCACCAGAAUUUCCACGGUGCCAUAUUUGACAGC